GACUCGCGUAAUAGAAACAGUACACUAAUUGUGAAACCCGGGUUUGACCGCGGAGCUUUGAUUACUAAAUCUUCUUAAAUAGAUUACAUCCUUGAAUUAUGCGCGGAGAGGUAACAGCUCCCGGCUAAUCACCGCUAAAGUGAUUUUAAUUAACUUGUCAAAGUGGCUCGUGGCAUCUGAUCCGAACACGCUCGGGACUUAACAGCGCGGCGGAGGAGGAGCGCAGUCACCUUCGCGCUAAACGGAUUAGCGCUAUCCGCCGCGCGUCUCCGCUGAUAACCGCCCUGCCCGACUCGCGCGUCACACCUUUCAGUCGCGUGUCUCUCUCAAUUCACUUCAGUUCAAUUCAAUUACUCUCAUUCUUCCCCUCUGAUUUUCUCUCCCUCCACCCCUCCUUUUCAUGAAAAUCCAAAAAAAAAAAAAGUAUAGGCUUAUUUUAAAGCGCCUAAAGCGUACGAAGACGCGUAUUCGUGUUUUGCGACGUGUGCCCAGGAACGUUUAUACUGGUGCCUUCUACUGAUGCGUCGUUUUUUUUAAAGAGUCCAGCUCCCAGUAGGUUAAAUUGCCUCUUGGAACAGCCCAUUAUGUGAAGCCGGAGGGGGAGAGAGUGGCACAUUCCAUUCCGUAAAUCAUUCUCCGCUCCGCUGAAUGGGGAGCAGAGCGCCUACUUUUACAAUCCGCUGGACUGCAGGCACGAGGAACGGGUGUGCAUGUGCGGGGAUUCAAACACUCACGCGCACUAGAACUGGGCAGGCUACUGUAAAGUUGAUGCAACUUUUUAUUUUUUGCUAGUCGUCGCAAACCCAAACGUUGCUGAGAAGUUUUAAUAGCAAGUAACGAAGACGCAACGUGUAAAUAGAUAAUACAUUUCCGUUUAAAAAGAAAGACUACAAAAGCGAAUAUUGUACUUUGAAGAUUUUUUUUUGGACACCACGCAUGAAGAUGAUGUCCCUUUGAGGAUUUAAAAAAAUGAAAUUGGGAAUAUAAUAAUUAACGGCAAGACAUCUGCUUUGGGUCAUCAAGCUUUAUUGUAACAUUAAUUAUUGGGAGUAUGACAGAUCGACUUGCACGUUUCAUGCAUUAAUAAGAGGAUUGCAGAGAAAAACGGUUUUCGUUCUACGGUUGGAAUGAUGUCUUCGACUUUUCUGGGAAUAUACCUUUUAUGCGGAUUUCUUCAGAUAUGUUCAGGGUCCCGCCUGCGCCAGGAGGACACGCCCCCCCAGAUCGUGGAGCACCCCUCCGACCUGAUCGUGCCCAAGGGGGAGCCGGCCACCCUCAACUGCAAGGCGGAGGGGCGCCCCACCCCCACCGUGGAGUGGUACAAGGACGGGGAGCGGGUGGAGACGGACCGGGACAGCCCCCGCUCCUACCGAAUGCUCCUCCCCAGCGGCUCCCUCUUCUUCCUGCGCAUCGUCCACGGGAGGCGGGUCAGGCCGGACGUGGGCGUGUACGUCUGCAUCGCCCGCAACUACCUGGGGGAGGCGGUCAGCCACAACGCCUCGCUGGAGGUGGCCAUGCUGCGGGAUGAUUUUCGGCAGAACCCGGCGGACGUCCUGGCGGCGGUGGGGGAGCCGGGGGUGUUUGAGUGCCAGCCCCCCCGCGGGCACCCGGAGCCCACCGUCUCCUGGAGGAAGAACGGCGAGAGCGUCAGCGACGCGGACGAGCACAUCACGAUCCGCGGCGGGAAGCUGAUGAUCACGCCCGUCAGGAAGAGCGACGCGGGAAAGUACGUGUGCGUGGGGACCAACAUGCUGGGCGAGCGAGAGAGCGAGGCUGCCGAACUCACCGUCGUGGAGCGGCCCACCUUCAUCGGGAGGCCCGGCCACCAGAGGGUGCUGGUGGACAAAGACGUGGAGUUUCGCUGCCAGGUGCAGGGGGACCCCCACCCCAUCGUGCACUGGAGGAAGGAGGACGGGGACCUGCCCAGCGGGAGGUAUGAGAUCCGUGAGGACCACACCCUUUACCUGCGUGCCGUGACGCUGGCUGACGUGGGCUCCUACACCUGCGUGGCCGAGAACAUGGUGGGCAAGGCUGAGGCCACUGCCACGCUGACCGUCCUGGUGCCCCCCACGUUCAUCGUCCGCCCGCGGAACCAGGUGAUGGCGGUCGGGAGCACCGUCACCUUCCAGUGCGAGGCCAAGGGGAGCCCCCAGCCCGCCAUCUUCUGGCAAAGAGAGGGGAGCCAGAACCUCCUGUUCUCCUCCCAGAAGCCCCCGCGGGUGCCCAGCCGCUUCUCCGUGUCGCUGACGGGCGACCUCACCAUCGCGGGCGCCCAGCCCGCCGACAGCGGCUACUACAGCUGCCAGGGCGUCAACAUCGCGGGCAGCAUCAUCACCAAGGCCCUGCUGGAGGUCUCUGACGUGGUGUCGGAGCGACCCCCUCCAGUGAUCCGGCAGGGCCCGGUGGAUCAGAAGGUGUCCGUGGACGGGACGGUGGUCCUGAGUUGCCUAGCGACGGGCACCCCGAGCCCGACCGUCCUGUGGAGGAAGGACGGGGUGCUGGUGUCCGCCCACGACUCCCGAAUAAACCUGCAGGAGUCCGGCUCCCUGGAGAUCCGCUACGCGAAGCUGGGAGACACAGGUGUGUACACCUGCACAGCAUCCAGCCCCAGUGGAGAGGCCUCCUGGAAGGCGUAUCUGGAGGUGCAAGAGUUUGGAGUUGCAGUGCAGCCCGUCAGGCCCACGGACCCGAACCUCAUCCCCAGCGCCCCGUCCAAACCCGAGGUGACCGACGUCACCCGCACCUCCGUCUCCCUGUCCUGGAAGCCCAACCCCACCUCCGGAGCCACGCCCACCUCUUACAUCAUCGAGGCCUUCAGCCACGCCUCCGGCAGCAGCUGGCUCACGCUGGCGGAGCAGGUGAGGACGGAGACCUUCGUGCUGCAGGGGCUCAGGCCCAGCGCCGUCUACCUGUUCCUGGUGCGAGCCGCCAACGCCUACGGCCUGAGCGACCCCAGCCCCAUCAGCGACGCCGUCAAGACCCAGGACACUCCUCCCACCAGCCAGGGUGUGGACCACCGGCAGAUCCAGAGAGAGCUGGGGGAUGUGCUGAUCCACCUGCACAAUCCCAUAAUCCUCUCCUCCUCCUCGGUGCAGGUGCAGUGGACGGUGGAGAAGCAGUCCCAGUACAUCCAGGGCUAUAAGGUGCUGUACCGGGCCUCUCCAGAGGGGGGCGCUGCGCGGACCCAGUGGGAGGUUUUGGAGGUGCACUCCCCGGGGGAGGACCGGGCCGUCGUCCAGCAGCUGAAGAAGGGGCUCAGCUACGAAUUCAAGGUGCGACCGUUCUUCAACGAGUUCCAGGGCGCGGACAGCGAGGCCAGGACCGCCAGGACGCUGGAGGAAGCACCCAGUGCAGCCCCCCGUAUGGUUACCGUGACGAAGAGCAGCAGCAACGGGACGGCGAUCGUGGUUGCCUGGCAACCGCCUCCAUUGGAGGAACACAAUGGCGUAGUGCAGGAGUACAAGAUCUGGUGCCUUGGCAAUGAGAGCCGUUACCAUGUCAACCGCACCGUGGACGGCUCCACCUUCUGGGUGCUGAUCCCCAGCCUGUCGCCCGGGAUACGCUACAGCGUGGAGGUUGCCGCUAGCAACGCUGCCGGCCUGGGCGUCAAGAGCAACGUCACCUUCUUCCAGCUGGACGCAGCAGGGCGGGUCGUGGAGGGCGGGGCGGGGCCGGAGGACACGCUGACCCAGCAGAUCUCGGACGUGGUGAAGCAGCCAGCCUUCAUCGCGGGCAUCGGCGCCACCUGCUGGCUGGUCCUGAUGGUGUUCAGCGUCUGGCUGUACCGCCACCGCAAGAAGAGGAGCGGCCUGAGCGGGAGCUACGCGGGAAUCCGCAAGGUUCCAUCCUUUACCUUCACUCCAACAGUGGCCUACCAGCGCGGGGGAGAAACUGUCAGCAGCGCGGGAAGGCCCGGCUUGUUGAAUAUGGGGGAUCCGGCCCCCCAGCCCUGGUUGGGGGACCCCUGGCCCAACGCCUGCCCCAAUCACAAGGACUGCAGCAUCAACUGCUGCAACAGCGGGAACGGAACCAGCGACAGCAACCUCACCACCUACAGCCGACCAGCCGAUUGCAUCGCCAACUACAGCGGCCAGCUGGAGAGCAAGCCAUCGGGGCUGCUGGCAGCCGACUCGGGCGUGUACAGCGACGUGGACCUCUCCAACAAGAUCAACGAGAUGAAGACCUUCAACACCCCCGGCAUGUGCUUCAUGGGCCUGGGGGGGCCCGCCACGCCCUACGAGCCCACCCCGUACGCCACCACCCAGCUCAUCCAGUCCAACAUCGCCAGCAAGAACGCCGGGGGCGGAGUCGGGGGCGGGGCCGGGGCCGGGGGCGAACUCUGCUGCGAGAAGCGGGGCUGGAAGGCUGGCCCGGCCCUGCAGCAGAAGCCUCAGGAAGUGACAUCACAGCCGCAGUACAGCGUCGUGGAGCAGAACAGACUGAAUAAAGAUCACUACAGGGGAGGAGAGGGGUGCCUGCAGACCACCAUCCCCUACAGCCCGGCCCCGGAGCACAGCAGCACCGGCUCCUACCACAGCUCGGACCGGGCCAGCACCAGCACCUCCGGGAGCCAGGGUCCCAAGAAAGGAACCCGCGCCGUCAAAGCCCCCAAACAGGGGGCGAUGAACCUGGCCGACCUGCUGCCCCCUCCCCCCGCCAACCCCCCUCCCUGCCAGAGCUCCGGGGAGUACGCCCUGUCGCAGGAGAACGGCUUUGACCCGGACUCGUCGUGCCCCACCCUCCCGGCGCGGAUGUACCUCCAGCCAGGCGAGAUGGAGGAGGAAGAGGAGGAGGAAGAGGAGGCUGCGGACAGGUGUCCCACUCCACCCGUCCGAGGGAUGGCCUCAUCCCCGGCGGGCGUGUCCUACGGCCACCAAUCAACCGCCACGCUCACGCCCUCCCCCCUGGAGGAACCAAUCACACGCGACGGUCAUGACAACCACAGGAGGCACACAACAAGCCCCCCGGGCCUCGCUGGGCCCGUCUCCCCCCCCCACAACUACGGCUACGUCUGCAGCCCCUGGGCGCGGGACAGCGACCGGCUGGAGGAGGAGGAGGAGGAGGAGGAGGCGGAGACGGACGCGGAGGCGGGGCCGGGGGCGGAGCCAGACGAGGGGCAGUACGCGCAGCUGCAGGACCGCCUCCGCAGGCUGGGCCAGACCCCGGCGUCCAGCGUGGGGGACCUGGAGAGUUCCGUGACGGGCUCCAUGAUCAACGGCUGGGGCUCCGCCUCCGACGGCGGCUCCGCCUCCUCCCGCCGGUCCAGCGGGGGCGACGGCGACUCCUCCGACGGCUCCUUCUUCACCGACGCCGACUUCGCCCAGGCCGUGGCCAACGCCGCCGAGUUCGCCGGCCUCAGGGUGGCCCGCCACCCCCCCGGCACGCUGCCGGAACACGCCGGGCCCGGGGGCCGGAAGUAUCCCAUGACCCCUCCGGGCCGCCGCCCCAGCAGCCCCGUCUCCACGGACAGCAGCAUGAGCACCGCCGUCAUGCACAGACGACCCCCCAAGAAGCACAAACGACACGCGCCUGGAGACCAGGGUUACCAGGGUUACCAGGGUCACCAAGGUUACCAGCAGCCCCAGGGCGAUGUGGAAGAUGUCCUGAACUCUCAGCCGACUGGGCUGGUGCCCUCUGGCGCCCCCCUGAGGUCUGGGGUGGAGGGGCAGGGCUUUGCGGACCACAGGGACCGGAGGGGGGGGUCGGAGGCGUCCCGUCCUGGGGAAGAGUGGCAGAGGAGCCUGAGGAGGGGCAAAGAGGAGGGCAACAAGGCCCACCAACACCCAGACGUGCCCCCCUACAGCCGGCCCUCCUUUCCCUCGGCGACGGCCCCUCGGGACCCCAGGUCCUCCGGCUCCGUGUCCUCCCGCAGCUCUGAGGGCCGCAGGAGAGGGGAGGGGGGCCCCGGGGCCCGCUGGAACCCCCCCAACACCCUGGGGGGCCUCCAAUAUGAGGAGGGAGAGGAGGAGCUGCAGGAGAGCUGAAGGUCGGAGAUGGGGAUCGGAAGGUUGGAGCUGAAGGUCGGGGCUGAAGGUCGAGGCUGAAGGUCGGAGGUGAAGGUCGGAGCUGAAGGUCGAGGCUGAAGGUCGGAGGUGAAGGUCGGAAGAGAGGGUCGGAGGUGGGGAUCGGAACGACAGCAGGAGCUUUUUGGGAGAACCAUUGUGACACGUCACCUUACAGAAGGGAGGCUUGCCCUUCAGCUGACUCCUCAAAAUGGCUGACCAGGACGUCACUCUGCAGCAAGGGAUUCUGACCUCACUUCCUGUUUUUAAACACAUCUGAAACACCAGACUGAGAGGACUAAACCGCCCUGGCAUGAAAAGCAGGAGGGCAACCUCACCUCCCAAUUAAAAAAAAAAAAACAAUAGUAAUAAUAAUAAUUUAAAAGAACAUCAGAACGUCAUGCCAUCAUAAUGCAUAAAACUGUCACAUUUUGCUGACGGUUAUGAAAAUGUUUUCUUUUUUACAGUGUUUCCGUAUGUGUCAUUUUGGUGUGCUUUCAAAGAAAAAGCAAAAUGAGAGUGAGUGAGUGAGAGAAAGUGAGUGAGAGAUUGUGUGUGAUGUGUGUGAGAGAGAGAGAGAGAAAGAGAGAAAAAAAGUUAUUUUCAAAAUGAAACAACGUGCGAGUACUUUCUGUACUAUAAUAAUAUGGGGUCAACGUUUGCUUGAUCUAUCCACGCAAAGUUUUCCCCCUGUGAAAACUAUAAAAAGGCGUCUACAGUCAUGCCUGACAAUAAUGAGAGUAGCUUCCGCCAUACUCAGUGAACUCUCUUUGAAUUAUGUAUACAUAUAUGUAUGUAUAUAUAUCAUUACUUUUAAUCACCCCACUGUGGUACAGUGAGUCCGUCUUCCUUUCUUUAUUUUUAAAAUAAUUUUAUUGCAAUUAUUAAUGUGUUGCCUUUCGUCCAACGCAAACGUGUCAAUCAUUUAGCUGCCCUGGGAAAUUACCACAAUGGGAUUUGUAUUUUUUUUUUUUGUACUGCACUGUAGUAUUUUUUUUACCAUGUUGUUGUUGUUUGUUUUGUUUCUUGUCUUACAUUGGUUUAAAAGCACAAUCACUUAAACUUUAUCUUAAAUCAUUUUAUAUAUUAAGCAUUCCAUUUUACUGGAGCGGAACAGGCUAAGGCCGAUUUAAUGAGAUUUGUGUUAAUUGUGAAAAAGUUCGGAAAUGUGACUCCUCUUGCACGGCAGUUCAGAGAACACCAGGAAACCAAAAAAAAAAAACAGCUCAGUGCAGAUUGAGGUAUACUGCCAAAAACAAUCUAUCGAUUCAGUACAAAGUUUUUAUUUAUUUAAUUUUCUUUUUUAACGGUAAUUCAUAUACUGAAUUUAGGUAAUCAUUGAAUGCACUUAAAAGUUGGACUAUCCGUCCAUCUCGUCUCCAGCACACCGCCCCCCCCCCCCCGCCCCCCUCGCCCUCUCAAACUUCCAGGAUGGCUUUCCGUACCAAAACCCAUUCAUGUUAAAAUGCUUUAUGAAGAAAUUGUGCAAUCGAUGUGAAACAGCUAAAUUAAUAUGAAACUGCAACUUCCAUGAGGGAGGACAUUUGAUAUGGAAUGCUGGGAUCUGCAGUUCUAGUUAAAUUUUGUAGUUUUUCCUAAUGAUCCUACAAUUCAUAUGCGACAUAGUUUCCUGAGCCCCAAAUCAUUCAACGAACAUUUUUUUUUAAAGGUUUAUGGUGUGAAAUUUGUGUGUCGUUGAAAAUGGUGGGUUUCUGGUACAGAGACCUGCUCUGAAACCCCUAGUUACAGGGGCUGUUGCUAAGGAAGUUCUGGCUUGACUUUCCCAUCGUGUUGGACAAAUAGAGGCUCAGAUUCAGGUCAUUGCUCUCCGGUUCUGGUGCUGUAGCCACAUAUGGGUUCCCCUAGGCAACGGUUCUGGGGAGCCCCCUUUCUGAGUGCUGUUUAAUGAGACCAGCCUCUUGGGUUUAGCGUUUCAUUUUUGUUGUUGUUUUUUUUUGUACUGUCAGUGAAGAAUGGAACAAAAUCGAGCUGAAGUGGUAGACUGGGUUGAAAUGCACGUCUCGAGGGACAUCAGUGUUUUGGUUGUUUUUCGUUUUUUGGGAUUUUUAUGAGUGAACAAGGUCCUUAGCCAUUGUUUUUUUUUUUUUUUUUUUACUUUUUGCAUCUUGAGGAUCACGUAAUUGGGAAAAACUGUAAUUUUUUCCACAUUAUUUAUUAAAAAUAUCAUUCAAAAUUCCAAAAAAUCUCAGUGCUC